AUGUUUGACCACACACCGUUUUUCCACAAGUGUGUGAGCAUUUACCAGCAGGAGCUGAAAUUGGCCGCGCGGCCCGCCGAAAAGACUUCGGGCGCCAGUCGGCACCGUCUGGGCGGCGGCAACACGUUUUUGCAGGACUCUGUCAAGCUCAACACGAUGAUCUCGCAGCUGGGAUCGUUUAUUAGUGAAAUACAAACAGACUACCUGUUGAGCCACUCCAAAAAGCUUUCUGAGUCCGACAAGGACCAGAUCGACACAAACUUCAAGCUGCAGCUGGGCGUGCUCAACAAGAAGCUCGAGGGCCUCAGGGCGUACGGAGAGCUGCUGGACAAACAGCUCACGAGCUCCAGCAGUGUUGAGGAGCUGGGGAAAAACCUGCUCACCAUGGGCGAGUACGGCCAGAACAGCACCAUCGCCAACAACACAGUCAUUGAGAUCCGCGCCAACAUUGUCAAGUCGUUGGGGCUGCGACUCACAAAGAUCUCGUCGCACUUCAUUGCAAUCAACAACAAGCGCAUGAACCGCAAAAAGGAGCUCAACAAGUCCUCCAUCAACACAAGCACGUAUUUGCAACGGACCGUUUACAACUCUGUGGACCACGAUGCGGUGGAAAAAACGGUCUCGCCAGAAUACUCGGAGCUGGCCUCGAACCUCGACCAACAGCAGCUCCAGCAGCUGUCGCAGGAGAACGAAUCGAUCUUGCUGGAGCUGAAAUCCGCACAGUUGGAGUCGGUGAACCAGAUCGAGCAGUCGAUGCUCGAGAUCUCGUCGGUGAUCAACGAGAUCAACCUCCAAUUGCAUCUGCAGAACGACUCCAUCUCGGUGCUGUCGUCGCACCAGGACGAUACCGUUGCAAAUCUCAAGAUGGGCAACACCCAGCUGGUCAAGGCCAACGAGCGCGCCAAACGGUCUGGCCAGAACCUGAGCUAUCUGAUCGUGGUUCUUGCGUACGUGACGAGCGGCAGCUCGCGUUCCAGCAGCUCCACCACCACCACGGCCCGGUUGUUGGAGCUCAGGUGCCGCCGUUUCUUGGCCUUGCCGUCCUUGUUGAUGAUCGAUUCGAUCUCGCUCAGCCGCGACGGCACAGAGAUCCCGUUCUUGAACAGCACAAACGGCGUCCCCACCAGCAGCGGUCUGUCGAUGUUGAACAGCCGCACCUCGCACUUGAACUUCUUGACCGGCUGCAACACGUUGCUCGACAGCGUGGCCACGUCGCCGACCUUGAUGUUCUCGGUCGACGCGAGCUUCUUGAGCUUGAGCUCCACAAACUCGCCCGCCUGUGCGAUCUUCUGCAGGUUGUGUUUCGUGGCCGACGACCCGACGUUCGACGUGGUGAUCGAAAUCGAGUCCACCACAGCCACCUCCUGGCUCGGCGAGAUACUCACGCUCUGGCCCGGCUGGAUCACGCCCGAGUUCACGCGCCCGCUCACCAGCAGCUCGUCCGUCUUGGACGAGUCCUGGAUGUCGCUAAUCACCAUGAUGAACGGCGAGCUCUUGUCCACCGGAUGGCUCAUUUCGCGGUUCUCCUGCUCCAAAACACCCAUCAGUGUUGGGCCCUUGUACCACGGCAGAUUCUUGCUCUUGGAGACAACGUUGUCGCCCAAGAACCCGCUGCUGGGCAAGAAAAUUAAGUUGUCCCGCUCAAACUCCAGCUCCUCCACCAAAAACUGCUCAAUCUGGGUGCAAAUCGAGUCGUAA